AUGUACCUAUUCGAACAAUUCACCGAGUGCUCCAUGGCCGAGAACUCCGAAGAUUUUGUCAGCAAGACACGGCGUCUACUCGUUUCUUUGCCGACGUCUUCCUUGAUUUUGCUGCGAGUUCUCUUCGGUUUCCUCUCCCAUUUGUGCGAGUUUGCCGACGAGAACAUGAUGCAGCCACCGACGUUGGCCAUCUGCUUCGGCCCGACCCUGCUGCCAAUCCCAGAAGGAAAGGAUCAGGUCUUCUACCACAACUAUGUCAACGGCUUCGUGCGCGGACUCAUCGUCCACCACGAAAAAGUUUUCCCUGGCGAGCAUGAGCUACCGGGCCCUGUCUACGACAAAUAUGCUUUUGACCUCCACAACAUGGAUUACGUCGAUGACGUUGAGGGUGAUGACGGUCUUAUCAGCGGUGACGACGAAGUUCUGCUUGGUGGUGUCGAUGAGCAGGACACAGAGCUCCAAAGAGACAAGGAGAAUGGCAACGACUUCAACAACCGCGGAUCCGUCUUCUCCAGACAGUCUGUCCCUACUCCCAGCUGUUCGGAGGAUACGUCCGUCCGAGAUCUCGGUUUUCGGGAUGUUUGCCAACAGCUGAAGCUGACGCUAAAGGAAGAUUUUCUGCAUAGGGGUGGUACACCGACCGAACCAUCCCUCCCGCCUAGCUCCCGAUCUUCUGUACGAAGUGCUUUGGAGAUCAAAUACAACGAGCCUGCUCUUUCGCCCAGGAACAAUAACAACAUGGGGCCCAUUGGAGGAAUCCUGACGCGCCCGCCAGUUGUGGCUUCUCUGAGGGACCAGCUAACUCAUGCGAACCCGUCAGCGGUGGGGAGCAGCCAUUCGGCCAAUAAGGUUUUCCCGACUGAAUUCGACAAGGUCUCCCGCACCUCGAUUCGCCUUCAAAAACUCUCGACAUUCGACGAGCUGAAGUCUCCCAUAGAAUCGCCAUCCGAGAGACCCGGUGCGAGCAACAACCAGUCACCAGCGGAUUCUUACGGAAAGGAAAUCGAGCAGCCGAGCUCUGCCAGCAGUUCCGGUUCUCCUCUGGACAGUCACCCGUCAAACCAAAACACGCCCAGGCGCGGUCACCUUGACGAUCCAACCUUCGAACUUGACCGGGCCAUCCAAUGCCUUCGCACU